AUGUUUCGUACAAAGCAACCAACAAUAAACGUUACAAACAAUAAACGUAACGCGUCAGCAUCCUCCUCGCAACGUUCGUCAUCAACCACCAAAACUAGUGAUUCGCCAUCAUCGACAUCAAUAUCUAUUACUUCAACUGCUACUUCUAUUCAACAAAUCGCUAUCACAUCGACCACUUCAUCAUCAAAUACACUCAAACCAACUUCGACAACUCCUCCUGAAUACAUAAAAGUUUCGAAUAAAUCACUUCCGUUCUCUGCAAAAAAAGAUUGGAAACGAUUGUUCGGGAAGAAGCAAAAUCAACAACCCGCUCAAAAAAUAGAACAAUCCGAACAUAUACUUCCUGAACUACUGACAAAAUACUUGUCGGAUUCCCCACCCAAUAAUUAG